AUGAAACUGCUGUGGACCAGACUCAUCCGCUUCGUCGCCACCGAUGGCCGCCUACUGCGCGGCGAACCGAUCCUGCCCAGCGAGGAUUUCGACCUGGGCAACGUCACGGAAGCCGACCAAUUGAAGGCCAAAGUCAUCGUGGGCGACGACAUCUUUGACACGACGGGCAAGACGGAAGUGACGGAUGAGGUCGUCACGGUGAAGAAGAUCCUUGGUCCGUUGGCGCGAGAGGAGGUGCCGAUUCUGAGAUGUGUCGGCUUGAAUUAUGCAAAGCACAUCAAGGAAGCCGGACGACAACCCCCGCCAUUCCCCUUCAUUUUCUUCAAACCGAACACCACAGUCCAGGACCACGAUGCUCCGGUGGUGAUACCAAAACUCGCCCAGGACGACCAGGCGGAUUACGAAGGAGAACUGGUAAGAUUCCACAGACCACACUGCCCCGAGACCUCUGGGAUGUAUCACAAGCUGAACAUUUCUUUUCUCGCCUUCAAGUGUAUCGUCAUGGGCCGCGAUGCGAAAGACGUCCCCGUCGAACAAGCCUUGGACUACGUGGGCGGGUACACAGCCGGCAACGACGUCUCGUCGCGCAAACUCCAGCGCGACCCGGAACUCGCGGGCCGCAUCCCUCAAUGGGGCUUCUCCAAGGGCUUCGACACAUAUGCUCCCCUGGGCCCGUGUCUCGUGGCCCCCGAACUCAUCGGGAACCCUGCAGAGCUGCACCUGAAGACGAUCAUCGACGGCGAGACGCGACAGAGCGAAAGCGUGUCUGAUUUGCUGUUUGAUUGCGCAUAUAUCAUCUCCUAUCUGAGUCAGGGAACGACCCUCCAAAAGGGCAGUGUCAUCAUGACGGGGACACCAGGAGGUGUCGGUUUCGGCAUGAAGCCCCCGCGAUUUCUCACCCCGGGCACGAAGAUGGAGGUGUCGAUAUCGAAGAUCGGCACGCUGCGGAACACGGUCCAGUUUGCCUAG